AGGCUCAACCAUGCUGUGGAAGCGGAACACGGAGGCGUCGUACCGCGUGGAGAUGUCCAAGCAGUUCACGCGCCACCUCUGGCAGCUGCUGGCGUUCCUCCAGGCCAGGAUCGGUGGCGAACUCCGAGCCGCCACGGGCGUGGAGUGCCGCCGGUGCGGGGCUACGCUGGAGGGCGCCCUCCUGGGCGCCAUGGUCGUGGAGGGCCUGGCCCGGAACUUCCGGGCGCAGCAGCGCGACCAGGUUCGCUUCACCACGGAGCAGGCCCACGUGAGGCUGCUGGUUCACGCCGUGGAGGCGUUCCUGGGGGACGCGCAGGUGCGGGACCACGACAGGGGUGGCGGCAAUGCCCAGGUCCCACUCCUCGACUGGCUUCAAAGGACCGCGCGGACGUCGGGGAGCGCGCCGCUGAGCAGCUCGGUAACGAGAGCCUUACUCGCAACCGAGGCGGAAGGCCAUGCGGCGGCGUGCAUCGACCGCCUCGAGCAGCUGGUGAACAUCGUCGAGGGGCUCCAGCGUCAAGAGGA